CAAAGCGUCAUAGUAGAUCCAAACCAUUGACGACUGAACCGGACCGUACUAGCAGAAGAAUAGUUACAGCAUGACAGAUGAAACUUGAUAUGGUUUGAACGUAUGAUUAUAUGUCGACUUUUUAAUAUACUGGCUAAUUACAAUACAUUUAAAUGGCGGAUGAUGACACGCUUGGGCCGUUAAUGUUCUUAAUGACCUACAUGUUAAUGAAGCGCCGAAGAGAUAUUAACAACGCUGAUACUCAGAGGCGAAAUGAGGUGCAGAGACGCAUCCGUCAUAGACAGUACUUCUUCCAGAGGCAGAGGCGAAUGCUCUUGAUGUUGGUAGCACAAAACGUGCGCUGCACCUGUGACAUCCACACGCGACCUUACUGUGAUAUUCGUACCCGACCCUGGACGAGCACUGAGCGCACGGAUUGGUGGGAGCGGGUGGUCAUGACCGAGUUUAAACCCUCUGAUUGGCUAGAGAAGUUUCGCAUGAGCCGGGAGACUUUCUUCUUCUUGUGUGGGAAGCUCAAGCCCCGUGUUGCUCGCCAGAACACCCAUUUACGCCCUGCACUUCCUCUGGAGAAGCGUGUGGCGAUUGCCCUGUGGCGGCUGGCAUCAAACAUUGAGUACCGCACCAUAAGCGGGCUGUUUGGCGUUGGCAGCUCUACGGUUUGUAAGUGUGUAAGGGAUGUGUGUCACGCCAUUGUCACCCUGCUCAGGCCCAUCUACCUACGCUCACCUAGCGAACAGGAAGUGGAAGACUCAGCACAUCAUUUUCUCUCUCGCUGGGGCUUCCCUCACUGCAUGGGCACAGUGGCAACUUUCCACACAGCCAUCCUCACGCCGUCCGCUAAUGUGGCCAACUACACCAACCCAGGCGGGUGGCUCUCUGUUGUCUCCCAGGUGGCUGUGAACGGGUUGGGUCAGUUCUGGGACGUCUGCGCUGGUUUUCCUGGCAGCACUGAUUCGAAGGCCAUUUUGCAGAACUCAGCACUUUGGGCGACAGCCUCAGAAGGCGGGUUAUCACCAAACCCACCCAAAAGCUUCAUGGGAAAGCCACUGAGAUAUGUGGUGUUAGGGGAGCCAGCAUAUCCACUUCAGCCCUGGCUGAUGAAAGCCUAUUCCAAGAAAGAGGAUCAUGUUGAGGAUGAUGAGGACAUAGGUCUGACGGAAUCCCAGAGAGUCUUCAACCAGCGAUUUGAGCAGGCGUGGCAUGUUGUGGAGGGAGCGCUACUUCGCCUGCGGGCGCGGUGGCAGUGCCUGAGCAAGAGGAAUGACUGCAGUUUGGAUGUGGUGCCCACCAUGAUCCUGGCCUGUUGCAUUCUGCACAAUGUGUGUGAGGCCCACGGUGAUGUGUUCCAGGAGGAAUGGCUGGGCGAAGUGACCCAGGGAGAGAACUCGCAGCCUGGCCAUGCUGUUGGUCGCUCCCACUCCCCAUUUGGAAUUCCAGACUACCUCCAAGGAGAGGAGGUCCGACAGAUGUACUGUGACUAUUUCCAGCAGCCUCAACUACAACAACAGGACUGAAUGUGUUGUAAUGGGAGGUUAAGAGGGAAAUGUAUGUUUAGGGGAUUCACAAGCUAUUCACUGCAGUAUUCUAAGGCCAAAUGUCAGUUACUGUUCUUUUCACCUUUCUACAUUAUUUUAUCUUUGUUAUGAAAGAGACAUCCUGUACAUCCUCAAACUAACUGUAAAUGCUCUGACAGAGGCUAUUACUGUAAAUUCUCAGUGUUUUUAACUGUGAGUCCUCUAUUAGAGAAUUGUUCUCGACUGUAACUUCUGUCUGUUCUGUUACUGUUUUGAUGGUUACAUUUUCCUCGUAGGUUGUUUUCGUGCAUUUUGUAUAGUUUACAUAGUCAUUGAUGAAUAAUAUAAGUACUUAAAGUAAUUUUUUUACUAAA